AUGGGAAAGGUCGCCCUACCUGUAUCCUUUGGUACUUCGGAAAACGCAAGGACAAAAUAUAUCACCUUCGACGUGGUAGACCUACAUUACCCGUACAAUGCCAUAUUUGGGCGGGGGUUCUUGAAUAGAUUCAAUGCAGCUGCUCAUAUGGGAUACCUGUGCAUGAAAAUCCCGGCUUUGCAUGUGGUGAUCACUGUUCACGGAAGUCAGAAAGAGGCAAGGAACAUAGAGAAAGCAAUCUACAAGUCUUUCUGGAACAUAAACUCCAUGGACUCCACGCAAGAAGAAGCUGGCCAGCCACCAGACAUGCCAAGGGGGAAGACAGACCUGGCUGAUCAGGAGGAAACAAAGUGUGUCCCUCUACAGGAAGCGGUACCAGAUAGGAAUGUCACCAUAUCCGCUACCCUUAGCAUAGAGGAGGAGUUUGAGCUGCUAGACGUGCUGCAGAAAAAUCAGGAUAUCUUUGCCUUGAGUGCCACCGACCUGCGGGGAGUAAGCAGAGACAUCAUAGAGCAUUCACUGGACACCGACCCAAGAAUGAGGCUGAAGAAACAAAGGCAGAGGAAGAUGUCUGAAGAGAGAACCUUAGCGGCGAAGGCAGAGGUGCAGAGACUUCUGGACGCAAAUGUCAUCAGAGAGAUCAUGUACCUGGAAUGGCUGGCAAAUGUGGUCCUAGUCCCCAAGAAGAAUGGCAAAAUGAGAAUGUGCAUAGAUUUCACAGACCUCAACAAAGCUUGUGUCAAAGACUCCUUCCCCUUGCCAAGGAUAGAUACCUCUGUCGACAAAGCCGCCAGUUGCUAG